UCCAUGUUUCUAACCAUGUUAGAAGAGGAAGUGUACGGUGAUGGUUCGCCUAUCUGGGAUACCGAGUUUUCUCAGGCCAAUGUUAAUAACACAGGUGCUAAUUCAGAUGCCAGUUCAGUCGCCAGCUCUGAGAAAUCAGAUGACAAAAAUUGCACACCUGUCGCUUUGCGUAGAUCGUCGAGAAAUGAAGCAUUGGCAGGUUUGUACAGUGAGAAGAGAAAGUUAGAGGAAGUUUUAGUGCCAGAAGAAGUUAAAAAGCCUAAGAUUGACGGAGAUGUUCCCAUGGAUCUUAUACAAGAGAUUGUAGCCACGAUCAAUGAUCCAGAGGAGAUGGUCGGGCCAGAUUCCUCGCUCUUCCCUAGUCAUGCAUCAAGAGACGAGAGUGCAAGAAAUGAAGAGAAAAAAGGUGUAAUAGAAUUUCAUGUGAUUGGAAACUCUCUUAGUAGGAAACCUAGUCGACAGCUCCUGAUAUGGCUUAUAGGGAUGCAGAAUGUCUUCUCACAUCAGCUUCCUAGGAUGCCGAAAGAAUACAUUACAAGACUAGUAUUUGACCCGAAACACAAGUGUCUGGCAUUGGUAAAGGAUAAUAACGUUAUUGGUGGUAUAUGCUUUAGAAUGUUCCCAUCACAAGGGUUUACAGAGAUUGUUUUCUGUGCUGUUACAUCUAAUGAACAAGUUAAGGGAUAUGGAACUCAUCUGAUGAAUCAUCUGAAGGAUUAUCACAUUAAACACAACAUUGUACAUUUCCUCACAUUUGCUGACGAGUUUGCCAUCGGGUAUUUCAAAAAACAGGGUUUCUCCAAGGACAUAAAGCUACCAAAGUCAGCUUACCUGGGAUAUAUCAAGGAUUAUGAAGGGGCAACACUUAUGGGUUGUGAACUUAACCCUAGAAUCUGCUAUACCGAGUUCUCAAAGACAAUACGCAAACAAAAAGAGAUUGUAAAGAAAAUAAUAGAACAGAAGCAAGAAAAGUUUACAAAGGUGUAUCCAGGUUUGACGUGUUUUAAAGACGGAGUACGACAUAUUCCUAUUGAGAGUAUACCAGGUCUUCAAGACUGUGGCUGGAGACCUGCACCUGAUAAACCGAAGGAACCUGUAAUGGACUCUGAUCAGCUCUACAACAUCUUUAAAACAAUUCUACAGCACUGCAAGACUCAUGCUUGUGCUUGGCCUUUCCUGAAACCAGUGGAGAAAGCUGAAGCCCCUGAUUAUUAUGAUUACAUCAAGUUUCCUAUGGAUCUUCGAACAAUGGGAGAUCGUUUAAAGAACAGAUAUUACGUUCACAAGAAAUUAUUCAUGGCCGACAUGAUGAGAAUCUUCACAAAUUGUCGUUCUUACAACAAACCUGAUACAGAGUAUUAUAAAUGUGCCAACACCAUGGAACGAUUCUUCAACAAUAAACUCAAAGAAUUUUCUCUGAUUGACAGAUGAUGAAUCAGUAUAUUUUCCUUAAAAAUCUGGUUUGAUCAAAGCUGUUGGUGUAAGGUAGUUUCAAAGAUCGUCAACCUGGAAAUUGGAUUAGACUUAAAAUAAGUCAACUUGGAAAUAAUCAAGUGUUCAAAAAGAAAGAGUUCUUAACUCGAUCUAUAAUCUAUGUUAAGUUUAACACACAGUAGAGUAAUUACAUUCAACUUUUACUUGAAGUCAUAUUUAAGUUAUUUGCUUUAGAUUAAAAAUAUUAUGAACCUUAAUAAAAAAAAAGAUACAUGUUUGAAAAUUUCUCUUGACAUUGAAAUGUGUUUAGUUUGAUGGAGGAUGCAAGUUUUACAAAUUUAAUAUAUUAAGAGAUGAAAGUUUAUUUUAAAAUUGCUUCAAGUUUAAUAACACUGACAUUAAUAACUGAUGCUUUAGACCUCUGAUUUUAGCCAAAUAUUAAUUAAUGGUUGAUGAUUCAAGCUGAAACUUCAGAAGUGUUGAUGUUGAGAAGAAAAGUGGAAGUGAUUGAAAUUGAGACAGUCCAGUGCGAAAAAAAUAUGCACACGUCUCCAGAAAGAAAAAGGAGGGAGAAAAGUGUGAUAGCUUUUUCUAUAAGGGUAUUUAUGUGGGUACAUCUAAAUGCUGUAAAAGUGAUUGUUAUUACAAUGUAUAUUCAGUAGUGGAAGAUACAGAAAAAGAAUGCGUAGGGUUUAUCUAAUGAGACACUUUUCUACACAACUUAAAAUUUGGUGAUAAAAUGUAAAAUGGAAGUGUAUUGCUUCCUUUGUUAAAGUUUAUUAUUCAUGACUUCUACAAGAUGUUAUGCAUUUUUCAAUAUAAUUUGAACUAUGAUAUUAAUGUACAUAUAUUUAUUUUUUAUCAUUUUUAUUAUAAUUAUUUUGAAAGCCUGUCUCUGAAAAAAGCAAAGAUUUUCAUUUAAUGUAGAAAGGAAUGCAGGAAAUAUUUUGUUAUAAAUAUUGUACUGAUAUAAAAGUAAAUUGAUUAAUAGUGAAUUAAACAAAAUGACAAAAUGCUAGUUUUUGAAUUAACUUUAUACCAGCUUCAUCUGAAAGUGAUAAGUCUAUGCCACCAGGAUUGAGCAAAGCAUGCAUCUUAGCAGUCUGACCGGCUUUGUUUAACUGAUAGCUUAAUAGCUUAACAUCUUUUUUUUUGUAUAAUUUUGUAUUGAAAUCAACGGGAUUUAUAUUGAUUGACAGUUUUAAAUGCAAAGCAAGAUAAAUAAAAUAUACCAAUUCAUCAUGUAAUGUGUUAAAGAUACAAAGGAAUCAUUUGUAAUAUGACUGAAUUUAAGAUGAGUGCAAAUUAAAUUUAUAUUAACACAACAUUUAUAGUUUCUAAACCAAUAGUCAAUUUUCAUCAGUGAAUGAUAAAGAUUAAUUUUAAGAAAUGAACAUAUUCAAAUUGUUUAAAAAAAGUAUGUAUGAUACUAUUAGUUAGGAAAUACAUUAGAACAAGACAAUGUCAAGAAGUUCAUUCAUGCAUAUUCAUGAAAGAAAAGUGGAAAUUCUUAUUUAUAGAAAAAUGUAUUAUUUACGAUUUUUACUGGAAACAAACCCUCACAACCAUAACAUAGUUUUUUAGUAUGUUAAAAUACAUUUUACCCUUUUUAGCUCGACUUUUCUAUGAAAAGGGGAGCUAUCCUACUCGCCCCGGCGUCGGCGUCGGCGUUGGCGUCACACCUUGGUUAAGUUUUUCGUACCACCCCACUUUAUUUCAGAAGUAUUACAAGUAUGGCUUUGAAACUUACCAUACUUGUUCACCAUCAUAACCUCCAUCUACAGACAAGAGUACAUAACUCUGUCAAGGUUUUUGACAGAAUUAUGGCCCUUUUUUGACUUAGAAAGUGUAUUGAGCUUGGUUAAGUUUUUUGUACCACCUCACUUUAUUUCAAAACCAUUGGAGGUAUUGCUUUGAAACUGACCAUACUUGUUUACCAUCACGACUUCAUCAACAGACAAGAGGACAUAACUCUGUCAAGGUUUUUGACAGAAUUAUGCCCCUUUUUGACUUAGAAAAUACAUUGAAUAUGGGUAAAAUCCACUUAUUGCCUUAACCCUUUGAGAUAUUGCUUUGAAACUUUUAAUGCUAUUUCACAUCAUUACCCCCAUCUGUACGCAAGAGAAGGUAACUCUGUCAAGGAUUUGUUUUAAAAAUUAAGGCCUUUUAUCGACUUAGAAUCUUGGUUAAGUUUUUAGUACCAGUCCACUUUUUAGCUCGACUUUUCUAUGAAAAGGGGAGCUAUCCUACUCGCCCCGGCAUUAAAUAAUGAA